AUGGAGAAUUCGACUUUGCGAGACUUAUCAAAUUCUAGCAUGUUUUUAACAUUUGAACAGUAUCUGGUCAUGAUGUUUUCAUGCUGUAUUCUUUAUGUGCUAGUUUCUACAUUUGGCAUUCUCACCAACAUCAUCAACAUUCGAACCUUUAUUUUAAUGGGACUCAAAGACGCCAUGACAGUUUCGUUUCUUUUGUUAUCAAUCUCAGAUUUAAGUUUAUCUGUUGUCUCCCUUGUGACAGGGUUCGGUGGAGUUUUAUACGUCUCAGAGUUUAUUUUUGAUGACUGGUUUCCCGUGGAUCCUUAUAUUGCCGGUCUGUUCAGUACAAAUCUCUUCAUACCUUUGUCUGCUGUCGUGGCUUUAAACACAAGUUUUAUCUCUGUAGCCAGGUGUAUGUGUGUCUCGUUACCAUUUUACUUUAGAAACAUCUUCCAGAGAAAAACUGCAACAACAACCAUGAUAGUGAGUAUCUUGUUUUGUGUACUUGUGUAUUCCCCAGUCUUUACCUACAUGGGCGUGGUAGAAAAGUUUGACCCCGUUCAUAAUAGGUCAAGGCCGUCAGCGUGGAUAUCACCCGACCGGAGAUAUCUGAAAGACAUUGUGUGGGAUAUACUAAACAUGGCGAUACCCAUCUCAACGUUCGCGGUUAUUAUUGUAUCAACUAUUAUAAUGGCAAGAGCGCUAACAAAGUCACAGAAGUUUAGAUCAGCCAACGCCCAACGCAAUCUACCCUCUGGGACGAAUGCCGCUGAAAAAUCCAGAAUCAAAGACAAUUUUUCGAAAAAGAAAGUCGCGGGACUGACAGGUAAAGACAGACAAGUCGUGCUACAAGUCGUGGUGAUCUCCCUUGCACACAUCUUGUGUCACACGCCCACGAUCGUGUUCAUCUUAGCGGGUGUUAUCGUCCCUGAGCUAACGCUGGGCGGACGAUUGAGUUAUCUCUACGUGACGGUGGGCAACGUGUGUAUGAUCUUGGAAAACAUAAACUCCUGUAUCAGCCUCGCAAUCUACUACACGUACAACUCAAAGUUUAGGCAGAUCUGCUGA